AUGAAGGCGUGUUUGUGUCUGCUGGUGUGCGUGGCGGCCGCUGUGUGGGUUCGCCAGUCCCUCGCUGCUCCCCGUCGCUCCUCGCCGUUCAAUCUUAAAACUAUUCUUGACAAAAUCGAUAAUUACGACCAUGUGCGCAGCAAGGGGAAGUGGUUGGCCAGUGUUCGCAACUUUACCGAAGGACAUGGGAGAUGCGGGGAUAGCUUCUUCUGUGCGGUCCAUGGCAUCUUUCACAAACACAGCAACGCCACAAAUGAAAAACAAGACAGGGUUAUUUUGGCUAAUCUAGAAAAUUACAUAAAGCAGCAGGACCUGAACUGCACAAGUAUCCUGCCAAGUCCUCUGAAUACUACGGUGUGGUAUCAAACAGAGAUAUUUCUGGACGAUGGGUGUCUGCGGGGCCUGGGACCGCUGGGAGCAGAGAGGAGGGACGGGCUGAGGGGGGUGGGCUGUCGACGCAGCAGUGGGACGUCCUCCAGGGGCUCCGCUCGGUCCCAGCAUGGCUUUGUAAUGUCUCGCUUCAAAGGCAUCAAAACCAUGAGAGGGGCCACAAGAUGA